GGCUUCUAUGGUAACGAUGUAGCAAACAAAGCGAGACUCGGGCUCACUCGGGGGAGUCGCGGGGGACGAGCCAACGGGCAACAAUGCCGACGCCGACCGGAGUUAUUAUCGGUCUCGAAUAUUGGUUAAACUGUUAAACAAUCUGGAAUCUGUGCAGUUAUGAAAAUUAAUAUGCCUACAUUUUCCCAACGUGAAAACAUUGCAAUUGACAAUGUCUCGAUAAAGUAACAGAUUGUAUGUGUGAUUCACACACAAUUCGGCGUGCCUCUUCUCGUCACAAGAGUGUGUGGGCUGUGGUGCACCGAGGGCACUUGGCAAAUUAACUAUGGAUGAUGUUACAUAUAAUACGAAGGAGAGUGAAACUGCACCCUUGGCUGCCGACACGCUUAAAAUGCCAUCGUGGUUGCUGGAGAUGACUGACGACAUGAAAAAGAUUGAUCUUAAUAACGAUGCCAAGUCGCUGCAAAUGGAAACACUUUUAAUCGAUGACCAGCACCAUUUUAAGAAUAUCACCUUGAAAAUGGAAGAAGACGAUGUAGAUAAUCAACCUAGCGCAAGCUUAAGCGACAUUUAUAUCGGCGAUAAUAUUAAAUUACAACCGUCUACGAGCAAAUCACUGCCGAAUACACCAAAGAAUGAGCAAGUGCAAGUUAAGCGGAGAAGAACGCGCGCCUGUUCCGCCCUUGUGAGUGCAAAGCAUUCUCGUACGAGGGGUGAUUUUCAUCAGUUGGACGCGUAUUUGGAAAGGAAGCAGAUGGAGAGGCACGGUACGCUCCAAAACUUGCCUCAAGCAAGCUCCAGAGAUUAUAGCUACCAUCAGAUUUGCGGCCAAGAGGAAUCUUACUUUGACCAUGGAACACCAAACGAAAUCCCGAAUCGUGCAGCUACACGAUUACACUGGUCAGAUGACAAUUUUCCAAACUGUUCCGCAUUUAGCACGCAGAACGAUGGAAAGUCGAAAUUACUAUCUGGUCGGUAUCAAGAAACUCUUUUAAACUCUCUCUCACCUCUCGGAGCUUUUAUCCCGAUUAAGAUAUUGUUAAAUCGCUUGUCAAAUAAUAUCAAUCAAAUAACUCAGUCUACAUUAUUUCUAGACAAACUUUACAAAAAUUUCAUUAUUCCCGAGCUACCGUCCGGAGACUCGUUGGUCAUUGACAUUCUCUCCACCUGGGGUGAUAAACAUUACGUAGGCCUCAAUGGUAUUGAAAUUUUUUCAAACACCGGAGAACCAGCGACAAUUAAAGAGAUACGUGCACACACGACAGGCGCGAAUCAAUCACCGAACAACGAUCGUGAUCCUCAUGUCAUAGAUAACUUGAUUAAUGGUAUUAAUCGAACGAGAGACGAUGCAAAUUUAUGGCUAACACCUUAUUCAAAUGGUGACCAUCAUUACGUUUACAUGAUAUUUGAAUUCACGAUUACUGUAGCUAUGAUCAGGAUAUGGAACUACAAUAAAUCCAGAAUACAUUCCUUUAGAGGAGCCAAAGAUAUUGUUAUUAAAUUGAAUGACAUUGUCAUCUUUUGCGGAGAAAUCGCGAAAGCUUCAGGGGACGAUAUGGGUAGCCUCGAUUCUUUCGGAGAUACUAUAUUAUUUACGACGGACGAAAAUAUUCUGGAAUUGAUAUCAAAACAUGAUAAUACGUUCAUAGAAUUCAAUAAUGGGACGUCAGAUUGCGAAGAGAAAGAAAUAAUUCGCCCGAUUACGGCAACGACGGUCAAUGACAAUAUUACCUCGGCGAGACGCAAAAGCAACGAUUCUAUUGACAAUUCUCCUAGCUUAUGUAGCAAUAGUAAAACUCACGAUAGCACCCUUACUGCUCUGUCGUGUAGAGAGAUUCAGUUGAUUAUUAUUUCCAAUUGGGGCUUGCAGCAUUUGGUUGGCCUGACCGGUAUAGAAUUCAUCGGAGAUCGGGGUACAGCGGUCCCAAUAGUAAACGGCAAUUUGCAUUGUAACGUGGUCGAUACGCAUUUAACGAGACUGAUCGAUGGACACAACGUUACGACCGAAAUGGAUUGCAUGUGGCUAGCGGACGUGACGUCAGAUAAGAGAAUCGUGAUAACGGUCACUUUCGAUACGGAUGUGUACCUAACGGGAAUGCGGAUUUGGAAUUACAAUGCAUCCUUGGAGUUAUCCUAUUGUGGAGUGAAACAGCUGCUAAUUAAAUUGGACGGCAAACAGUUACACGACGACAAUUCCGACGGCUUCCUGUUGAGACGCGCGCCGGGAUCUUGCCAUUAUGAUUUUGCCCAAGAAAUCUGUUUCCUCGAUUCACCUACGCGAGAGCAUGUUCCGGACGGUGCUACCGACUCAACCAAAUCGUCCGAAGAACUCGAGCCGUUGGAUUCAAACUACGAAGCUCCGUCGAUGCCGCGAGGAUUCGUGUAUCAAAUAGUGAUUUUCUCUACAUGGGGAGACUCUUACUACGUCGGUCUCAAUGGGAUACAGAUAUACGAUAAUCAUGGAACCGAGAUCACGUUAACCGCAGAUAAUGUAGCCGCAUUUCCCGAAAGCGUUAAUAUAAUAGAAGGAAUAGAUAACGAUAUUCGUACACCGGACAAACUUAUCGAUGGAACAAAUGACACUCGAAAUGGACGGCAUGCUUGGCUGGCUCCUAUACUUCCCGGCCAAACAAAUCGUGUGUAUUUAAUAUUUUAUCAUCCCAUUGUGGUGUCAAUGAUCAAAAUCUGGAAUUAUGGCAAGACCCCACAAAGGAGAGUCAAAGAAUUUGCGAUACUAGUGGACGACUUGCUAGUUUACAACGGAACAUUGGAUAAACAUAAAUCGUACGGAUUGGUAACGUUCGUAAAGGAAAACAGUAAUGAAAAUCUGGUGAACCGCUCGGAGCACGAGGGUCACCUUUUAAACUUGCGAAGAAAUACCUCGGGUACUAAUUCAUUGCCAGAUCCGUCCCUUCGCCCGCAUACAUCUUUACAAUUUAAAUAACGUCACGGACAUUUCACCGAAAUUGUACAUAUAUUUUUAUACUUACAUCGCAUUUCAUCUUUAUAGUCGUCGGUGUCUCGUUUAAAUAGCUAACGACUAUAGUAGCGUGUACACACACGUGCGUGUGUGUAUGUAUGUAUACGUAUACAUAUAUCAAUAUAUUGUAUAAUAUCCAUAUAUUGCCAUACGUUUCUAUAAUAAUCAUCCCAUAUGAACAUCAGAUGUACAAAUGCCGUUUAUCUUGGAACUUGUAAAAAUAAAUAAAAAAAUAAUUGCGAUA